AUGGCAGAUUCCAAAGAUAAUGAAUUGACGUUUUAUAAUAACUUGAAAGGAUUAGAUGCUUAUGCACGUCAUAAAAAGUUUAUGAAAGAUUAUGUUUACUUUUAUGGAAAGGUUAAGCCAGAACCAACAUCAACAUCAUCAUCAACAAAUAUUUUUAAAACAGAGUUUGAUAUUUUAAAAGAAAAUCACAAAUUUAUUCGUGAUGAUGAAGAGGAGGAUGAAGAAAAAUUAUCAUGGGAACAAAGGAUCGCAAAAAAAUAUUAUGAUAAAUUAUUUAAAGAAUAUUGUAUAGUUGAAUUAAAGUAUUAUAAAGAGGGAAAGAUUGCUUUAAGAUGGAGAAUUGAAAAAGAAGUCAUAUCAGGAAAAGGACAAUUUAUUUGCGCAUCAACAAAAUGUUUGGAUACAAAUGAUUUGAAAUCAUGGGAAGUGAAUUUUGCCUAUAUGGAGGAUGGUGAAAAGAAAAAUGCUUUAGUGAAAAUUAGAUUAUGUCCAAAAUGUUCUGAUAAAUUAAAUUAUAGAAAAAAACAUGAAGAAGCUAAAAAAAAAGAAAAAAGAAAAAGAUCAUCAACAGCAGCAGAAAAUUCUUCUUCAAGUAAAAAAACUAAACAUUCUAAAAAACAUAAGAAACAUAAAGGAGCAACAAUUAGCAAUAAUGAAGCAACAAUUAGUAAUAAUGAAGCGACAAUUAGUAAUAAUGAAACAACAAUUAGCAAUAAUGAGGCAACAAUUAGUAAUAAUGGAGGAGAAAAAAAUGACGAUAAUAAUGAAACUAGAAGUGAACAAACUUCUUCUUUGGAAAGUGGCAAAGAUGAUGCGAUAGUUAAACAAGAAUCAAGAAAAGAAGAUUUUGAAGAUUUUUAUACAAGAAUAUUUGCAGGAUUAUUUGAAUGA